AUGGAGAUUUUGUCGAGUCAUAUGACCCGUGGCAAUGCUUUAUUCUUCGUCGUCAUAUUAGGACUUGGAGGAUCCUUUCAAAAUGGCUUCCAUAUCACUGGAAUCAGUUCCCCAUCACCUUUCAUACAGGGCUUCAUCAACCGUAGUUUGUAUGAGCGAUACAAAACACCCCCCUCUCCACAGACAGUCACACUCAUCUGGUCAGCCAUUGUUUCUCUCUUUGCCAUUGGUGGACUUUUAGGGGCUCUCAGUGUCAAAAUUGUAGCAGGCAGGUUUGGAAGAAAGAAAGCGAUGAUGGGAAACAACUUCAUCUCCAUACUUGCAGCGGCAAUCAUGCUGACAAGCAAAAGUGCCGAUUCUUUUGAGAUGAUUGUGAUAGCACGGUUUUUGUAUGGCUUUACAGCUGCUUUAGGAACAAGCAUCCAUACAAUAUACCUUGGGGAGAGUUCACCCAAAAACCUAAGAGGCAUGGUGAUACUGACCUCGGGUAUCUUUCUUUCAGUUGGCAAACUGUCCGGACAGUUUUUUGGCCUGAGUGAGAUCCUCGGUGGUGAGGAGCUGUGGAACAUUCUCCUCUGUAUUCCAACGUGUCUGUCAGUAGUUCAGCUGCUCACGUUGCCCUUCUUUCCCGAGGCUCCCCGAUACUCACUGAUAGAGAAAGAUGACCCGGAAGCAUGCAAAAAAGCCCUCCAGAUUCUGUGGGGUCAAGGUGAUUACAAGGGGGAAAUUGAUGAUAUGUUGGCCGAGCAGAAAGCCAUGAAGGGAGUCCAGUCAAAAAGUCCACUGGAUCUACUUAGAGACAGGAGCGUCCGAUGGCAACUCAUCGUGAUGGUAGUGAUCAUCUUCUGCAGCCAGUUUUCAGGCAUUUCUGCGAUCAGUGUCUUCUCCUUCGAUAUCUUCCUGAGAGCAGGUAUCCCAAGGGAGAAGAUCCGCUACGUCACGCUCGGUGUGGGAGCAUGUGAAGUUCUUACCUACAUCUCCUGUGGUCUGCUGAUUGAUCGUGUGGGGAGGAGGCCAUUGCUUUGGGCAGGCUUUAGUGCAAUGUCAACCAUCAUGGUCUUGAUCACUAUCACACUUAACCUGAGGGAUUCCAACAAUUGGGUUCCAUACGUUACUGUCAGCCUGAUCAUCCUCUUUAUCAUAUUUUAUGGGGGAGGACCUGCGGGUGCGACCUCUUCUCUCAGCCAUGAGAUCUUCAUUCAGUCUAAUCGAGCGGCAGCGUUUGUACUGUUGGGGACCCAGCGUUGGUUGGGCUUUGCCCUGCUUGGCCUGAUCUUUCCUUUCCUCAUAGAUGCACUCAAGUCAUAUUGCUUUGUCCUGUUUGCCUGUAUGUCCCUGCUGGGUUCUCUCUACACCUUCUUCAUGGUACCUGAGACCAAGGAGAAGACUUUAAUGGAGAUCUCGGAGGAGUUUGAAGCUAUCACCAUCUGCGGGAAAUCCUUCUCAAAGGACAAGACCAUGGAGACAAAGUUAUGA